AUGACAGAAACAGAAACAAUCGACACUGAAGAUUUACUUCAGCGACUCCUGAAAGCACGGAAAUCGAAGGGCCCGAGCGUGAAAAUAGGGAAUAACGAAAUUGUUGAAUUGAUAGAAAACGCCCGCGGAAUAUUCGAAGAACAGCCUAUACUCCUCGAACUCAACACGCCACUGAACAUUUGCGGUGACGUGCACGGUCAGUACCACGAUCUGCUACGGAUACUGAAUCAGGGCAAACAUCCGCCGGAGUCGAACUAUCUUUUCCUGGGAGACUACGUCGAUCGCGGUCGGAACUCGGUGGAAGUACUCUGUUUGCUACUGAUAUAUAAGAUUCGUUUUCCUGGAAAUGUCUUCAUGCUCCGAGGAAAUCACGAAACUUUGCGGGUAAAUGCCAUUUACGGAUUCUUGACAGAGUGUCGACUCAGGUACUCGCUCGAGAUCUAUCACAAAUUCAAUGAGCUUUUCGCUUGGAUGCCCCUCGCUGCGGUGGUCGGAGACAAGAUCUUCUGCUGUCAUGGAGGGAUUUCCCCUCGUCUCAGCUCUGUGGACGAUGUUCGUGACAUACAGCGACCAUUGAGGGACAUUCCGGACUCCGGGCUGGCUUGCGACCUCUUGUGGGCGGACCCUUUUGGCGGCGAAGGUUUCAAGCGAAAUGAUCGAGGUGUCUCAUUCCUCUUCGGAGCCGACGUGCUCCGGCAAUUCCUCAUCAAGAAUAAUUUGGAUCUCGUCUGCCGUGCCCAUCAAGUGGUUGCUGACGGCUUCGAGUUCUUCUCGGAUCGAUCGCUGGUGACAAUAUUCUCGGCGCCGAACUAUUGCAAUGAAUUCGAUAAUGCAGCAGCCGUCAUGGUCGUGGCGAAGGAUCUGACUUGCACUUUCCGAGUAUUGCGACCCCAGGUCCGAGCUUCAAAGCCCAAGGGGGUGAAUACUCGAAACGAGGAGCAGGCAAGCAAAGGAAUCAGCUAA